GCCCCCCUGGCGGCAGGAGCCCGACUCGGCCGGGGGGCAGGCGGAGCCGGCGAUGGCGUGCGGCCACCGCGGAGCCGGCGGGAAGAGGAGUAGAGACGGCUGAAAGGCUCAGCAGGAACUUGGCAGGAUGAAGCCUGUCAUUGUGGUGCAUGGUGGAGCUGGCCAGAUCUUUAAAGAACGAGAAAAAGGAUGUCGUUCUGGGGUUGUCAGAGCUGCCCUGCGAGGUUAUGGGAUCCUGAAGCAAGGAGGCACCGCCUUGGAUGCGGUUGAGGAGGCAGUGCGAUCAAUGGAAGAUGAUCCUCAUUUCAAUGCAGGCUGUGGAUCUGUUCUAAAUGAAAAAGGUGAAGUAGAAAUGGAUGCCAUUAUUAUGGAUGGAAAAAAUCUAGCCUCUGGAGCAGUAUCUGCAGUUAAAUGUGUAGCAAACCCAGUAAAACUUGCUCGACUUGUCAUGGAAAAGACAAAACACGUGCUGCUGACUGACCAAGGUGCACACCUGUUUGCUAAGGCCAUGGGCGUUCCUGAAAUCCCAGAGGAGAAACUCAUAACUGAAAGAUCCCGGGAGAGAUGGAAGAAGAACCUUGAGCCAGAUUCCAACCCCGAAGAGUUUCAGAAAGACCUGGGAACAGUUGGUGCUGUUGCUAUAGACAGUGAAGGAAAUGUAGCUUGUGCAACAUCCACUGGAGGACUCUCUAAUAAACUGAUUGGCCGUGUUGGUGACACAGCAUGCAUAGGAAGUGGAGGUUAUGCUGACAACUAUUCUGGUGCCACUUCAGCCACAGGACAUGGAGAGAGCAUUAUGAAAGUAGUUCUAGCCCGGCUGAUCCUCUAUCACAUGGAGCAAGGGAUGUCGCCAGAGAUGGCUGCUGACACUGCAUUAGACUACAUGAAAACACGAGUUGGGGGCUUGGGGGGUGUCAUUGUUGUUAACAAUUCAGGGGAGUGGGCAGCAAGGUUCUCCACCAAGCAGAUGUCCUGGGCUACUGUAAAGGAUGAUCAACUGUACUAUGGGAUUUUUACUGGGGAGAGGCAUACAAAAUCUGUUGAUGAAGCACUUUCAUCUGAAAGUGAGGGAUUCUGAGAAUGAAGAAACAUAGUAAGAAAAAAUGAAGACUUCCAAUUUUUUUGAGAAUGAUGACUUAAUUUUUCUGAAAAAUAUGCUCUUUGUUCAUAGGCAUUGCACGCUUACAGUCAAAAUGAAACCUGGGCAGACUGGUCAUGGAUAUUAGUGUUUGUUAAUAUCUUUGGAAAAUCGUGAAAUUUUCCCCUUCUAGAUAAGGAAGAGAAUGGGCAGUAAAGGUGUACAGAUUUCCUGAUUAGUGUGCACUCUGCACUAAAGGGAGACUAAGCCUCAGUGUUAGAGGAUGGGCUUGGAAAGGACUUUCUCAGCAACUCCUUCCAGGAUGACUUGAGGCGAAUACUUCAGUAAUUAAAAACUAAAUUUUGAAUGAUGCUUCGCUGUAGAGUCUUUUGAACAGUCAUCUCAUGAUAACAUUUUUGCUUACUGUUAAGGGAAGCUUAUUCACAGGCUUGAAGUAACUGUCAGGAGAAAAAAAAAGUGAAGUAAAGAAGCUAGCUUUUCUUAGGAGUUGGGAAGUGUGGUAUGUGCUGGGGAGUCUUAUUUUAUUCUGUUCAUAGGCAUCAGACCUAGAAUUAAAAAACACUGAUGUAUGUUUUCUUUAAAUCAAGAUCUCUCCAAAAAUACAAAAUAUUAAACUACCUGAUUUUUAAAAAUGAUUUAGUAUUACCUCUUUUCAGUACUGUUUCUUCAUUAAGAUUUUGUAAUUGUGAAGGAAAACCAUGAAAUAUUCUUGCUUUUUUGUUUUCUAAUUUAACUACAUCAUUUGUGUGUUGAGACAGUGUAAUAAUAUUGUACAUUUUAGCUAGUGCCAUGACUUCCAUUUCCUAUGAAGACAGAUUUGUAUAUUAUAAUUAUAUUAUAAUUAAAUACGAUCAUACUGUGGAAUGUUCCCUUUAUAAGAUAACGCAAAUAA